GCACCGACUGCCCCUUUGAGGCUAGCCGGCCAGGCCCCCGCUCCUCCCCGGACCAGCCCCUCCUCCCUCGGGCCGCCGGGGAUUGGCGGGCCGGGGGCGGGACAGGGGCGGGGCCGGCCACCCUUCAUCCCCUGCGGCUGCCGUUGCUGCUGCAGCCCAGCGCUCAGCCUGGAGUGGAGCGGACCUCACUCUUCGGGGCGGAGCGCCGAACGUGCCCACCACGAGGCCAGACGUCUGACUGUGUUGGUGUGUGAGCGGUGCUCCCAGGGAGUCUCUGAGCCAUGGAGAUACCCCGACAGACAGAGAUGGUGGAACUGGUGCCCAAUGGCAAGCACUUGGAGGGGCUUCUACCGGUGGGUGUGUCUGCAACAGACACACAGAGGGCCGAAGACCCCCAACACUGUGCAGAAGGCAAGGGCUUCCUUGGGAAAGGCUCCAGCAUGACGCCACACUUCACCGACUUCGAGGGGAAGACAUCGUUUGGGAUGUCCGUGUUCAAUCUCAGCAAUGCCAUCAUGGGCAGUGGCAUCCUGGGUCUCGCCUACGCCAUGGCCAACACUGGCAUCAUCCUUUUCCUGUUCCUUCUGACAGCUGUUGCCUUGCUAUCUAGCUACUCCAUCCACCUGCUCCUCAAGUCUUCAGGGAUUGUGGGCAUCCGCGCCUAUGAGCAGCUGGGCUACCGUGCCUUUGGGACCCCAGGGAAGCUGGCAGCAGCUCUGGCCAUCACGCUGCAGAACAUUGGAGCCAUGUCCAGCUACCUGUACAUCAUCAAGUCUGAGUUGCCUCUUGUCAUACAGACCUUCCUGAAUCUGGAGAAGCCGACCUCGGCGUGGUACAUGGAUGGCAACUACCUUGUGAUCCUGGUGUCUGUCACCAUCAUUCUGCCCCUAGCACUAAUGCGGCAGCUGGGUUACCUGGGCUACUCCAGUGGCUUCUCUCUCAGCUGCAUGGUGUUCUUCUUGAUCGCAGUCAUCUACAAGAAGUUCCAAGUUCCCUGCUCAUUGGCACACGACUUGGCCAAUGCCACAGGCAACUUCAGCCACACGGUGGUACUGGAGGAGAAGGCACAGCAACAGGGAGAGCCCGAGGCUGCAGCCUUCUGCACCCCAAACUACUUCACACUCAACUCACAGACAGCAUACACCAUCCCCAUCAUGGCCUUCGCCUUCGUCUGCCACCCUGAGGUGCUGCCUAUAUACACAGAACUCAAGGACCCCUCCAAGAAGAAGAUGCAGCACAUUUCCAACCUGUCCAUUGCUGUCAUGUACGUCAUGUACUUCCUGGCUGCCCUCUUCGGCUACCUCACCUUCUAUGACGGGGUGGAGUCGGAGCUGCUACACACCUACAGCAAGGUGGACCCGUUUGAUGCGCUGAUCUUAUGUGUGCGCGUGGCCGUGCUGAUAGCAGUCACACUUACGGUUCCCAUCGUUCUGUUCCCGGUACGACGCGCCAUCCAGCAGAUGCUGUUUCAGAACCAGGAGUUCAGCUGGUUGCGGCACGUGCUCAUCGCCACUGGCCUGCUUACUUGCAUCAACCUGCUGGUUAUCUUCGCCCCCAACAUCCUGGGCAUCUUUGGGAUCAUUGGGGCCACAUCUGCUCCGUGCCUCAUCUUCAUCUUUCCUGCCAUCUUCUACUUCCGAAUCAUGCCCACUGAGAAGGAGCCUGCAAGAUCUACCCCUAAAAUCCUGGCCCUUUGUUUUGCUGCGGUUGGCUUCCUGCUGAUGACCAUGAGUUUGAGUUUCAUCAUCACGGACUGGGUCUCUGGGACCAGCCAUCACGGAGGAAACCAUUAGGAGGACUCCCAUCUUGUUCUGUGUAUUCAUCCUAGUGCCCCUGCCCUCCCUCUCCAGCCCCUGCUCCCAGCCAGGGGCUCAGUAAGGGGAGAAAGACAGGGGAGAGAGACACUGUAAAUACUAUAGCAUUUGGCUCCACCCAUAUCCUCUCCCCUUGGAAGGUUUUUUGUUGAAGAGCCAGGACCAAGGCCCUUGGACCACCACCUGCUGGGCUCCAGGGCUGCAGGGGCUUCCUGCGCUCGGAACAGGGUGGGGCUGCUGCCUCAGAUCCCACCAAAACCCUCCACCCUCCUCCCCCUUCCACAGCUGUGUACACCGAGACCCAGCAGCCACCUCCUGAGCCACACAGAGCCAGAACCCAGGCCUGAAGGCAUCCCCCAGCCCUGCUGGGAAGCUACAGUGUGCACCCAGAGGGCUCAUCGCCCCCUCCCCCGCCCAGCCCGCCCCACCUGCUGAUCUCCCAGCCCCUUUUCCAACAACUGGGCCCAAAAUCUAGGAUACUCUUGUUCUCUUCUUGCAUCUCCUUCUUAGAGGGAGACCCUAUCCUACCCCAUAUCUGGGGUCUGCAGGUUCUGCUGAGGAUGGGGUUUGUAUGCACCCUCACCAGUCCUGGGGAGGCUGGGACUCCCACACCUCAAGCCGGGGCCAUGACUUACAUUCCAGUGCUGGGAGAAGAGAGGCUGGGCCCCGAGUAUCCUGCCCUUGGGAGUCAAAACCCAGGAGCCAGACUGGCACAGAGCUGGGGAGACUGGCCUUUUAUAAAUAUUAUACAUAAGA